AUGAAGGCAUUAGGUGUUAGGGAAUACCUAGGAACGAAGGAUGUGGGACAGAAGUUUCCUGUAAGUGUAUUUGGUCCCACAACUUGGACUACUUACAAGGAGCUUUCUACCAAUUAUCAUGCAUUCGGUGCCUAUCUACGUUAUAUUGGUAACAAACCACAAAUCCAUACUAAGGACUUUGAUAAUGAUCUCCUUGGUGAGUAUUCAAUUGUUAUAUUCGAGGACACAUGUGAUAUGUGGAUUACUGCUGCUCUUGGGGCAUGGACUCAGGAUAUGCUCGUUACUACUGUUUAUGGUACUCUUGGUCCCGAUGCUGUAGUACAGGCUGUACAAGAAGGUCAGAGGACUACUCUACUUUGUAACAGGAAGAAUGUACAUAAGAUUAUUGCUCGACGUAGUGAAAUGCCCUCCCUUAAAUAUAUUAUAUACACUGACCUCAAUGUGGAUCCUAAAGAGGCCCAACAAGAAGUCUUGAGUGCCGAACAGGAGGAGGAGGAGGAGGAGGGUAUCAAAGUUAUUCCAUAUCCUAAAGCAUUGUCGAUUGGUAAAGAAUGUGUUGAUAAUAGUGAUAUAAAAGAAGAAGCUACUGCAGACUCAGUAGCAGUUAUUAUGUAUACUAGUGGUACUACUGGUAAACCUAAAGGUGUUGUAAUGCCUCAUUCGAGUGUAUUAUUCACCAUUGGUUCAGUAAUACCAAUAUGUAUUGCUGCUAUGCCACCACACUUCUCACAUGUUGCAUAUCUACCUUUAUCACAUAUCUUUGAGCUUGCUAUACAUAUUGGUGUACUAUCUCUUGGAGGUAAUAUUGGUUAUGCUGAUCCACGAACUUUAUCUAAUACUGGUGCUCGUCCUACUGGUGCUUUACAGGAGUUCAAACCACAUCUUAUUAUGGGUGUACCCAAAGUAUAUGAGGUUAUAAUGAAGGGUGCGAAGGCAGAGAUUGCCAAGCUACCUGCUGCUAAACAACAACUUGUUAAUGCUGCAUUUGAAUGGAAAUUAUCGGCGCUCAAUGCUGGUCGUUAUACACCUAUAUUUGAUAAACUCAUAUUUAAGAAGAUAGAAGAUAUGAUUGGUGGUAGAGUUAAUGGUAUACUAUCCGGUGGAGGUCCUCUAGCUUCUCAUAUUCAAGAUUGGAUACGUACAGCAUUUGGUUGUUAUGUUGUACAAGUUAUGCUCUCACUGAGACAUGUGCUGGAGCAUCCUUCUCACUACUUGGUGAUACUCGUGUAUUCAAUGUUGGACCACCUAUACCUGGUGUUGAGAUUAUGUUAA